CCACUCGAUCAGAUUUCAAUCUCCUCCUUUAAAUAACCCUAAAGCCUCACCAAACUCUUCACUCACUUGACUAUUCUCACAUUCAGAACUUUGCUAUCUCUCUCUCUCGACCACAUCGCCAUGGCUGACAAGAAGAUUAAGAUCGGAAUCAACGGUUUCGGAAGAAUCGGUCGUUUGGUGGCGAGAGUUAUCCUUCAGAGGAACGAUGUUGAGCUCGUCGCUGUUAACGAUCCUUUCAUCACCACCGAGUACAUGACAUACAUGUUUAAGUACGACAGUGUUCACGGACAGUGGAAGCACAAUGAGCUUAGGAUAAAGGAUGAGAAAACCCUUCUCUUUGGUGAGAAGCCAGUCACUGUUUUCGGCAUCAGGAACCCUGAGGAUAUCCCAUGGGGUGAGGCCGGAGCUGACUUUGUUGUUGAGUCUACUGGUGUCUUCACUGACAAGGACAAGGCCGCUGCUCACUUGAAGGGUGGUGCCAAGAAAGUUGUCAUCUCUGCCCCAAGCAAAGAUGCUCCCAUGUUUGUUGUUGGAGUCAAUGAGCAUGAGUACAAGUCUGAUCUCAACAUUGUUUCCAACGCUAGUUGCACCACUAACUGCCUUGCUCCACUUGCCAAGGUUAUCAACGACAGGUUUGGAAUCGUUGAGGGACUCAUGACUACCGUCCACUCGAUCACUGCUACCCAGAAGACUGUUGAUGGUCCAUCAAUGAAGGACUGGAGAGGUGGAAGAGCUGCUUCCUUCAACAUCAUUCCAAGCAGCACCGGAGCUGCCAAGGCUGUCGGAAAGGUGCUUCCACAGCUCAACGGAAAAUUGACCGGAAUGUCCUUCCGUGUUCCCACCGUUGAUGUUUCAGUUGUUGACCUAACUGUCAGACUCGAGAAAGCUGCAACCUACGACGAGAUCAAGAAGGCUAUCAAGGAGGAAUCUGAAGGCAAACUAAAGGGAAUCCUUGGUUACACCGAGGAUGAUGUUGUCUCAACUGACUUCGUUGGUGACAACAGGUCUAGCAUUUUUGAUGCAAAGGCUGGAAUUGCAUUGAGUGACAACUUCGUGAAACUGGUGUCGUGGUAUGACAACGAAUGGGGUUACAGCACCCGUGUGGUGGACUUGAUCCUUCACAUGUCCAAAGCCUAGAGCGCCGCCCAAGAGAAACAAGAUCUCAAACGAUGUAAUGGUGUCCGUCAGUUUUUUCGAAUAAAUUUUCUCGAGAUCUAAAAACUCAUCUUUUUUUUUUUUUGGUUUUAGCGAUUCUCCUUCACGUGACGUGAUAGGAAGUUUGUAAACCUUGUUUAUUUCUUUCUACACUGGAAACCCUUUGAUACAACAAGUUUACUUUUAUUGCAA